AUGGUCUCUAGGACGGCCGACGAUGCUUUCAUGGCUCUACUGAGAUCUUACCACUCACAGCGCUUUUGCCGCGCCGCGGCUCUCGGCGCCCGCAAUGGCGUUACGGCAUCGUCGCGAUUCUCGACGUCUGCCCUCCUCCCCGCCGCGAGCCCGCCGCGCAGCAGGAUAGAAACGUCGGACGGUAGGCAGCCUCGCUACAAGCCUCCGCCGCAAGCUGCCAGAAGAUCCGCCCCGAAAUUCGAGCUGCCGCAGGAGGUUGCCAUCGUCGGUGCCGGCAUCACCGGCCUGACCACGGCACACUACCUUGCGAAAUGGCUCCCCGAGACCUCCAACAUCACCAUCUACGAAGCCGCCGACCGCACCGGCGGCUGGAUCAACACGCAGAUUGUCGAUAUGGAAAUGGGCGGGCAUAAGUUUCCCGUGCGCUUCGAGCGCGGCCCGAGAACGCUGCGCGGCAUGGGGAAAGAUACGUUCAGAUUCGACGAUCUCGUGCUCUUCGACCUUAUGCGAGACCUGGACAUGAUCAAAGAGUACCGAGGAAUCCGGUCCCCGCCUCGAUACGUCUACUACCCCGACCACCUGGCCAAAAUGACACCCGGCAAUAUCUUGACCGAGCCGGUCUUCAAAGGCGCCAUUCCGGGCUUCCUGACGUUUCUAUAUCGCCGCCAUUUGGCCCGCAAUGGCAAGCUGAAACUCGAACCUGACAUGUCCGUCGCCGAAUUCAUCAAGUUGACUACGGGGCGCCCGGAAUUGGUGGACAACAUGGUCUCGGCGAUGAUCCACGGAAUCUGGGGUGGUGACGCCGAUAAGCUCAGCAUGCGCAGUUUCAUGCCCGCACAGUGGUGGCGUUUUGGCUACAAACCAUGGGUUUCCGACGACGAACAGCGCAACAUUGAUCCACUCCUCAUAACACGGCAGGAGAAGGGUCUGAUAGAUUCUUUGGGCGGAGAUGAGGAGUUGAGGAACUUGCUUCGGACCGCACAGAAAGACCAGCUUGUUCAGUUUAAAAACGGCAUGAGCAGCUUGCCAGACACAAUUGAGAGAGAAUUGCGCAAGAGGAAGAAUGUUCAUUUCAAGCUCGGCGAGCCCGUCUUGGAUCUAAGGUACCACGAGAAAUCCGAAAGAGCUGUGCUCUUUUCAAAGUCGUCCCCCGAGACUCCCACCUUUUUCAACAAGAUCAUAUCGACGACCACAAGCAACGCACUUUACCGCAUGACAGGCGGUGCCCUUCGCUCACUCGCCGGCUCUCCUAACGUCUCGAUCAUGGCCAUCAACCUAUGGUACCCUGACCCGAACUUGAACGCAAACCACAAAGGUGUCGGCUACCUCGUCCCCCGCUCGGUCGAUAACCCCGAAGGCCUGCUCGGCGUCUUCUUCGACUCGGACGUGCUCCUGCGCGCCGAGGGCGAACCCGAGGGCACCAAACUCUUCGUCCUAAUGGGCGGCCACCACUGGGCGGGCAAGCGCAAACCGCCGUCGGAAGAUGAGGCAAUCCAGAUGGCCAAGUCCGUCGUCGAGCGUCACCUCGGCAUCCCCGCCGACACGCCGUGCUGGUCAAUGGCGCACUACGCGAAGAACUGCAUCCCGCAGCACCACGUCGGCCACUGGGAGCGCAUGGACGCCGUCAGCACCGAGCUCGCGUUCUGCUUCUUCGGCACGCUGGCCGUCGCGGGCGGAUCGUACACGCCGAUCGGGGUCACGAGCGGCAUCCGCGCCGGCUACGACAUGGCUCUGCACAUCGCCCGGUCGGCUCAGGAACACGUCGGCGAGACGGGCCUGGGGCUGUACCAGGAGGCGACACCCCAGUUCUUCCUUGCGUCUCGGCGGAAGAUUCACCAAGUAGGCCGUGACAUUUCGCCCGAACCAUCGCUACUGCGGAGCCUCUUCCAGUAG